AUGAGUAAAGCACGGGCACUGUUCGAUGAAAUGCCCGUAAGGACUCUUGUCUCAUGGACUAUACUCAUGUCAGGAUACACCCGUCAUGGACCAGCCACUGAAACAUUGAUGAUGUUCCAAGAUAUGGUGCAAGAUCAUUAUAAUGAAUCACUCAUUCCAGAUUCUUUUGUUUUUUCCAUUGUUCUGCGUGCAUGUUCCGUGAUGGAAAAUCUCGAUUACGGGCGUCAGCUCCAUGGCAGGAUUUUAAAAACCGAUGGUGCGAUUGACUCUUUUGUAGAGAACGCACUUGUGAGCAUGUAUGCUAACUGUGGGUCUCUCUCUGAUUCUUCUCGUGUUUUUGCUAGAAUCGUGCGACCCAAUUUAUUAUCUUGGAGCUCAAUGCUAUGUGGUUAUAUGCAGAAUGGGUUUGAGGAAGAGGGGCUUGGCCUCUUUUGUGAGAUGCUUCGGGCUGGAACUGCACUAGAUGAUUUUGCUUUGUCAAUGGCACUUGGAGCAUGCGCAAAUUUGAGUUGCUUGGAUUAUGGCGUUCAGAUCCACUGCUAUAUAAUCAAGAUGGGUUUUGAUUCUUGCCUGUUUCUGAAGAAUAGUUUAAUGGAAUUCUAUUCAAGAUGUGGAGAUAUGGACUCAUCGAAUUUGGUUUUUGACAAGAUGACAGAUAGAGAUCUGGUUUCCUGGAAUACUGUCAUUAAGGGUCAUGUGCAUAAUCUCCAGAGCCUUGAAGCACUGAGGAUCUUUCGAGCACUAAUGGAUGAAGUUUCUAACUGUGAUGAGUACACACUAGCUAGUAUACUUCAAGCUGUCACUAGCUUAAGAGAGUUGGAUCAUGGCAGGGAAAUUCAUGGAUAUAUAAUCAGAGCUGGAUUUGAAUCAAAUCUUUAUGUAAUCAGUUCUCUUUUGGAUAUGUAUAUUGAGUGCAAUGACCAUGAGAGAUGGAAUCACACAGAUGAAGUUCCUCCUAAGAUCUUUAACCGCUUAAAAGGAGGGAAAUGUGAUGAAUUCAUCAUUUCUAGCAUCUUAAAAUGGUGUUCUUUGAGAUUAGAUAUUGAAACAGGAAAAAUGUUCCAUUCACAGAUCAUAAAACUGGAUUUGACAUAUGAUGCAUAUAUCAUGAGUUCGUUGAUUGACAUGUAUUCAAAGUGUGGUAUCGUAGAAGCAGCUUGGAGGGUAUUUACGGAAGUAAAAAACCCCGGCACAGUUCCAUGGUCUGCAAUCAUUGCAGGAUAUUGUUGGAAUGGUUGGUUUGAAGAAGCUCUUAGACUAUUUCAGGAAAUGCAAUUUGACUUUUACAAAGCUAAUGAGUACACCUACACUUCUGUUCUUCUAGCUUGCUUAGCUCUGGGAGAUAUAACAAAGGUAAAAGAGCUGCACUGCCAGAUACUCAGAUCAGGUUAUGGAUCAAAUGUUUCUAUCAUUAACACUUUGAUUAAUGUUUACUCAGAAAAAUGGCAUCUUGAACAUGCUCUCAAAUUGAGCUUUUUAAUCCCUGAGGCUGACAUUGCUUGGGGAUUCUUGAUCCAGGCCUGCUCAAGUGUUAAAGACCAUGAAACAACUCAUAAAAUUCUACAUAGGAUUCAGCAGUCUAAAGGGGAUAUUGACCCAACCUCAGCCUCUUACAUUCUUGAGUCCUGUGCCGACCCAGUCCUUUUAAAUGUAGGAACACAAGCUCAGGCCUAUAUUACCAAAAGGGGUUUCAUUGCGGAUCCUGUAACUGGCAAUUCUCUUAUUAGGAUGUAUUCUGCCUGUGGAAGAAUUGCUGAUUCAGACACAGCUUUCAAGAAAAUGCAUGACAGGAACUCUGCUUCUUGGACAUCAAUCAUUUCUGCGAAUGUGGAUCAUGGUCAUGCAUCUGAAGCUCUAGAGUUGUUUAGCCAGAUAAAGUGGAAAAACAAAUCAUUGGAGUCAAGCACAUUUACCUCUGUUUUGAAGGCAUGCGCUCAAAAAGGUCUGGUAGAUGAAGCAUUUCACUUGUUCAUUUCUAUGAAUGAAAUAUAUGGAAUUAAACCAUCCAUGGAACAUUAUUCCUGCUUGGUUGAAGUGAUGGGACGAGCUGGAAGAUUUGAAGAUGCUCUGGAUUUCAUUGAUGAAGCCAUCCCAUUUGAACCAGGUCCCUUAAUUUGGAAGACUCUUCUUUCAUCAUGCCGGAUACAUAACAAUAUGGGGGUUGCAAAAUAUGCAGCAGAGAAGCUUCUAGAACUGGAACCAAGUGACCUAAGUGCAAAUCUACUUCUAGAACAGGUUCUCUUAACUGUAGGGAAGUGGAAUGAAGCAUCAAAGUUACAAACCAAGAAUAAACCCAUGAGAAUGAAUUCUAGUUGGAUUGAAGUUAAAAAUACCAUCUAUGAGUUUGUUGCAAACCACAUUCCAGCAGAAAUCUCUGCUAAAUUAGCUGAUCUUGAAGGAAAGAUGGAGGAACUAGGCUAUGUUUCUGAUGCAAACCAUGUGCUGCACAAUGCAGAAGAGGAAGAAUAUGUAGGUCUUCCUCAUACCGAAAUGAAGGCCUUGGCUUUUGGGUUAAUUACAUUACCCCAUGGAAUACCAAUACGGAUAGUCAAGAGUGUACGGAUGUGUGGAGAUUGUCAUUCUGCUUGUAAGUUCAUGUCCACCUUCAUAGGCCGAGACUUGGUUAUCAAGGACUCGUGCAAUUUCCACCACUUCAAAAAUGGGAGGUGCAGUUGCAGGGAUAUGUGGUAG